AUGUCCUCAUCAACAACCAUGCAGGGGAGAAGGGUUGGCCCCCUGGACAAGCGGAGGCGGAUGACGCGCUGCCUCGGCUGUGCGAAGCGACGCAUCAAGUGUGAAGGUGGCUUUCCAUGUGUUCAUUGCAUUCGACAAAAUACGAUGUGCAUUGCCCAGCAGCAAUCGGGACAUGGUAUGACUCAGUUUGUCAACAAAACCCAGCGAGAUGAUUUUGGUGGAGGCCAUCAAAUUUUCAGUCAGGAGGGCACAGCUAUUAGAAAUAGGCACAGCUCCGAGGCUCACCCGCUUGACUUCAUCGGGAAGGAUAAGGGUACCCGCCUUCUUGAUUAUUUUGCCUCUUUUAUUCAGGAGAAUAUGUUCACGACGGGCUUCUCAACAAUACUUCCGGAGCUGCUUCCUCUAAUUUCAACUUCCCCAGUCCUGUACCAUGCAGUGAUAGCGGUUGGUGCUUUGGAUGUAAACCGACAUACAUGUGGGCGCGCAUUACAGGGAGAGAAACCACCCAAGGUGGAUGCCAUGACCUCAUACCAUAAGUCAAUGGGUAUCUUGCGGUCAUCUCUGGGAAAAGGCAAUGUGACGCAAAGAGAGGACAUUCUCUGGGCCACAUUUUUCCUGGGGCUGUUUGAGUUGCUCUCAGAUGAUUCGGGCGAAGGCUGGGUCACACAUAUGCUCUAUGGAACAUCAAGAAUACUCCAGCUUGCAGGACCAAGCGAUUGCAUGUCAUCAGCCCGAAGGAUGUUUUACGACCUGUUCCGUGUUCUCGAAGCCAGCCGAGCAUUACUUUUUAAUGAAGAAACGAUCCUUUCACAGCAAUGCUGGCUUCAACUCCAGAACUCCCUGUCAAGCAAUUCCACUGGGUGGGAUCCCAUGGAAGAAAUAAUAACCCUCAUGAUUGAGGCAUCCAGCUUCAGCCUACGAGCUGGUGCUAUAAUUGAUAUGAUUCCUCAACCAGAACGGUUCACUGAUCCAGCUGUUGCUCUGGUUGCGGCUGAAGGACUCAAUCUCCAAGAAACCAUUUAUAACUGGCACACGAGGACCCUGCUGCAGUUGGUCCAGGAUGGUCCUGAUCAAAAUUUAAACUUAGCUUUGCUAUAUUAUCACGCUCUGCUGAUCUUCCUUUCUGGCAAUUACGACUAUUUCCCAUACUGGGACAACAUUCCAGCCCCGGUGUUAACCCCUGCUGAAGUUUGUGAACACCUGAGUACGAUCCUGUAUCUCUCGGCCGAGGUCUUGCGACACUCCAAAAUUCCGGGAGUGAUGCUGUUCUUUCCAGUAACUGUUGCAGGGGCUCGAGCCCGGACGAUUGAUCAAAGAUUCGAGAUACUGAAUCUGCUGGACCUGGUCUUCUCUAAAGGAUUUGUGGUCGCAAACAAGAUACGGGAUAAUUUGCUGGAACGGUGGGCCGAGAGGGAACAGACGAUGCAUCUGGCCACAUAA